GAGCUGAUUAGAUUGGAGAAAGCCAAGGAGGUACGGGUAUACUAUUGAGCAAAGGGAGAGACAGAGAGGGGAGGGUGACUAAGUGAAUGCAGUUCGCCGUUGCGUGUCGCGAAUCACAGCAAAGUCCACAGGCAGGCAGACAGAUUGGACCUGAAUCAACAAAUGGAUACAGAAAAACUGGAUGUACACUGCAUAUGAGGAGAAAAUAAGAGAGGACGAAGAGUCUGCCUUCAAAUCCUUUUAUCUCUGCAUCAGAUACUGCUGUGAGGAACCCACAGGGAGGGAAAGGAAAAUAGCGGACAACUCAUUUCUCUCUAACAUCCUUGGAAGCCGAGGAGCUGUGAGACAGAAUAGAGUCGACUGUGGGACUCGCUGUGACUGAAUAUAUGCUCACGCUGGUGUGCAUGUGUGUGUGUGAGUGUGUGUGUGUGUGAGCUGAUAAUAGCAGCCCCAUUGGUAUUCAGCGGAGGGAGCUCCAGGAUCUCGCUGCGCCUUUCCCCAGGAUGGGAUCACAGAGCAGGGUUUGUGUUCGCCUGUGCAGAGCGCGCUGAAAUGGAUCUGAAGCCUUGCAGAGAUGGACACCAAAUGGGCAGCAUGGAAGCCAACAUACACUCUCCAGCGACUAGCUUUCCACACCUAACGGCCUACACCAUCUCCAGCCAUCAGCUUGAACCAUCCCAGCGAGGACUGAGCCUGCAGACUUGAGGCCGGACAAGCUAGAGUGAGAUACCAGAAGCCAUCUACAGGAAGUAGACAAAAGCAGAGGGUGACAAGCCUCAGAGGAGUUGAUUUACAACAAACCAGUCACCCUGUUGAGAAUACGAUUGAGCUUCUUGGACUUCAUCUGAAAUGAAAUAGGCUGCAGUGAUGCUUGAGCAAUGGUAUGGAGCUUUUGGACAUGUCCGGAUUUAUCGACCGGAUAUCCUAUCGAGAUUACGACACUUUUGUGCACACCUCAGAGCUGGGCCACCUUUCCAGAUUGGCUUGUGGGCAAAAGCGAGUAAUUGAAAAUCCCCCCUCGAGAGUGUCUUUCUUCUGAUUUGUUGUGGGGGAAGAGGGCUUUUUUUUUUUUUUAAAGGAACAAUUUAAAAAAAACUCUCUCUUUCUUUUUCACCAUCUUUUUCACACAUUGCGGAGAAAUACAUUAUGAAGCAGCACCAUUCUUCUUCAUCCUCCCUCUGUGAUGGAGAGCGAGGAGGGACAGACUGUCCAGAAUAGAUAACGAGCAAGGAGACUGGCACUGAGGAGAGGAGAAGGAGGAAAAAAAACAGAACACAGAGGGAAACAGGUAGAGAGAGAAAGAAGAAGACAGAGAAAGAAGCAGGGAAGGCAAGAAAAGAAAAAUAGAGAAUUAACUAGGAUUGUUCGAAAUCCUCUUGGAGACUUAGAGUCUCUUUCUAAUUCGUCUGUGCAGUGUUGGAGGCUAUUUAGCGCAAUGUGCAGGGGAGGGGUCAGGAUUUACACCAGGGGGGGCACUUGAGCAGGAGAGAAGGGUUAUGUCCCCCCUGCACCUGCCUGGUCUGUAUCUUAGUGUUUGGCAGGAAGACAGACUGAAAGAUAGUCCGCUAAACAGACAGCUAUACUGAAUGAUAGACAAGCUCUGAGGCUGGUAAGACAGACAGAGAGGAAGAUAGACAGACAGACAGGAAGACGGGUACACAGCCUAUUCCAAGUGUCAGGCAGAGAGCCAGGCAGACAUUCAGUGCCGGCACAGUAGACAGUGUGCGAUUCAUUGUCAUUCUAUGCAGUGUGUGAGGAAGAGACAGGGAGAAGGAAAGAAAGCAGAGACAGAAAGAAAGAAAAGGAGCAUCCCUGUGUUUGUAGCUUCUGGAGGAUCUCACUCCAUCUGCAUCCACCUCAGUCAGUACUGUGGCAAGCCAGUGCACUAAAAAAAAAACAGGCCGGGAGGGAGGGGGCUGUUACUAGAAAGGAAAUACAGGUUGAAGAGAGAGAAGGAGGGAGGCAGAAAGAGAAACAGGGAGAGAGCAGGUGUCGGAAAUCCUCCCCUUCAUCUGCUUGUCAUUUACUCCUUUAUGUUCUCUCGUCGUCUGGUGAGGUGAUUGGUUUUCUGAUGCCGACGUUCCUCUGCUCAUAGGCCCUCUGCAAUCCCGAGGAAAACAAGAGGUGGGCAGACAGAGGAAAGCAGAAAAAGACAGCAUGAAAGGAAAGGUGGAGCCCCAUUUUGAUUGACUAAUUUUUCACCCCUUUGUCAAGACUGGCUCUUCUUAUUCUUUUGCUUUUUUUGUUAAAGUAAGAGAUAGAAAGAAGAAAAACACUGGCCCGAUCAAUUCUUCAUUCUCUUUGUACACAGAAUUGAACCUCUUCUUUCAUCAACUGUUGAUUUUUCUUGCCUUGUUCUAAAGGGAUUCUUCUCCAUCUCAGUAUAAACACUGGAAUCCUCUAGAUUCCCUCUGUAUGUCCUCACCCCCAGUGACACGCUGUGAACCCCUCUGAGUCCCCGACAGUGUCCCCCCCUUCAGCUGAAGUUCUAAAAACCCUGUGGUCUCAGAUCUCAAUGCCUGUGUUGACUCACUACCACAACGAUAAUAUGGCACAGCGCUUCCGAUAACGUCUGAUUCAUUCUGUGGUGGUACAGGCAGCCAGCAGACCAUUCUCCAUGAGGAGCAGUAGAAGAUGCCGGCUCUGCCAGCACUGCUGCUGUCAAUACACUUCCUCUCCUUCCUGCUAGUCACCAUGCCACCACGCUCCCUCAGUCAGGCCCCUGUGCUCUCCUCCGUCCGCAUGGCGGCAAUCCUGGAUGACCAGUCUGUGUGUGGGCGUGGGGAGCGGCUGGCCCUGGCCCUGGCCAGGGAGAACAUCAACAGCGUGAUGGAGGGUCCGUCCCGAGCCCGAGUGGAGGUGGACAUCUACGAGCUUCAAAAAGACUCCCAGUAUGACACUACUGACACCAUGUGUCAGAUUCUACCCAAAGGCGUCGUCUCUGUGAUAGGUCCCGCCUCCAGCCCCGCCUCCGGCUCUACUGUCAGUCAUAUAUGUGGAGAGAAGGAGAUCCCUCAUGUAAAGAUUGGUCCGGAGGAAACUCCCCGCUUGCCGUACCUGCGCUUUGCCUCUGUCACUCUGUACCCUAGCAACGAGGACCUGAGCCUGGCCAUAGGAGCCAUCUUGCGCUCGUUCAGUUACCCCUCAGCCAGCCUGGUCUGCGCCAAGGCUGAGUGCCUGCUGAGAUUGGAGGAACUGGUCCGCCGCUUUCUCAUCUCUCGGGAGACGCUGUCAAUCAGGAUGCUGGAUGACAACCUGGACCCUACGCCGCUGCUGAAGGAGAUCCGUGACGACAAAGUGGCCACCAUCAUCAUUGACGCCAAUGCUUCUGUCUCCUAUCUCAUCCUCAAGAAGGCAUCUGAGCUGGGGAUGACAUCAGCAUUUUACAAGUACAUCCUCACCACCAUGGACUUCCCACUACUGAGACUGGAUGAUAUAGUGGAUGAGCAGUCCAACAUUGUGGGUUUCUCCAUGUUUAACACCACCCAUCCCUUCUAUUUGGAGUUCAUCAGGAGCCUCAACCUCUCUUGGAGGGAGGGCUGUGACCUAACGUACCCUGGCCCUGCGCUCUCGUCAGCGCUGAUGUUUGAUGCGGUACAUGUGGUGGUGGGGGCGGUAAGGGAAUUGAACCGCAGUCAGGAAAUCGGAGUGAAGCCACUCAGCUGCACCUCACCUCAGAUCUGGCAACAUGGGACCAGUCUUAUGAACUACCUGCGCAUGGUGGAGUACGAUGGUCUGACAGGGCGUGUGGAGUUCAACAGCAAAGGUCAGAGGACCAACUACACCCUGCGGAUCCUGGAGAAACACCGAGGAGGCCACAAAGAGAUUGGGAUCUGGUACUCCAACAACACCCUGGCAAUGAACUCUACCAGUCUGGAUAUUAAUGUCUCAGAGACGCUGGCAAACAAGACACUCAUUGUCACCACCAUACUGGAGAACCCAUAUGUGAUGCGCAAAGAGAACUACCAGGAUUUCCAGGGCAACGACCAGUAUGAGGGCUUCUGUGUCGACAUGCUGAGGGAGCUGGCAGACAUCUUAAAAUUCUCCUUCAAGAUCAAGCUGGUGGAUGAUGGGCUGUAUGGUGCUCCAGAGCCCAACGGCUCUUGGACUGGCAUGGUUGGAGAGCUAAUCAACAGGAAAGCAGACCUGGCUGUGGCAGGCUUCACCAUCACAUCAGAGAGAGAGAAAGUAAUCGACUUCUCUAAGCCUUUCAUGACCCUGGGAAUCAGCAUCUUGUACAGAGUUCAACUGGGUCGGAAGCCAGGUUACUUCUCCUUCCUCGAUCCUUUCUCUCCAGCUGUCUGGCUCUUCAUGCUGCUGGCCUACCUGGCUGUCAGCUGUGUUCUCUUCCUGGCUGCAAGGCUGAGCCCCUAUGAGUGGUACAACCCUCACCCAUGUCUGCGAGAGCGCAGGGACAUGUUGGAGAACCAGUACACCCUGGGAAACAGCCUGUGGUUCCCUGUCGGAGGCUUCAUGCAGCAGGGAUCAGAGAUAAUGCCCAGAGCCCUGUCCACCAGAUGUGUUAGUGGGGUGUGGUGGGCAUUCACCCUGAUCAUCAUCUCGUCCUACACGGCCAACCUGGCAGCCUUCCUGACUGUCCAGAGGAUGGAGGUUCCCAUCGAGUCUCCAGACGACUUGGCUGACCAGACAAACAUUGAGUAUGGCACCAUCCAUGGAGGGAGCACCAUGACCUUCUUCAUGAACUCACGUUACCAGACCUACCAGCGGAUGUGGAACUACAUGAACUCCAAGCAGCCCAGUGUAUUUGUGAAAAGCACAGAAGAGGGCAUUGCCCGCGUCGUCAACUCCAAGUAUGCCUUCCUUAUGGAGAGCACCAUGAACGAGUACUAUCGCGGCCUCAAUUGUAAUCUCACACAGAUAGGAGGCCUGCUGGACACCAAGGGCUAUGGCAUUGGCAUGCCACUGGGGUCUCCGUUCAGAGAUGAGAUCACGCUGGCCAUCCUCCAGCUGCAAGAGAAUAACAGGCUGGAGAUACUGAAGAGGAGGUGGUGGGAGGGAGGCCAAUGUCCCAAAGAGGAGGACCACCGUGCCAAGGGUCUGGGCAUGGAGAACAUUGGGGGCAUCUUCGUGGUGCUGAUCUGUGGUCUCAUCAUUGCCGUGUUUGUGGCCAUUAUGGAGUUCGUGUGGUCAACACGACGCUCGGCAGAGACCGAUGAGGUAUGCCCCCAUACCUGCCCUCGCCGACCCCACAGACACACCCCAUGUCUGUUCUCCGAUAAUGAGUACUGUUUCUGUUUAUGUGUCUGUCUGUCGGGAGAUGAUCACAGAGUUCCGAAACGCCGUCUCCUGUAAGAAGAGCUCCCGUAUGCGCCGCCGUCGGCCCCUCAGCAGCUCAGCAGCCUUGCGCCACCCCACACGCAUUGCUCUGGGGGCCCCUCGGCCCCUGCGCCUGGUCCGGGAGAUGCGCCUCAGCAACGGUAAGCUCUACAGUGGAGCUGGCCCACUGACUGGUGGAGCUGGAGGUGGAGGAGGUGGAGCAGGAGGGACAGGGCCUUCCGAUCUGGGCUCUGGGCCCCAGCGGAUCCUUGAUGAUCCUUUGGGGGCCAACACCACCCCUCCUCCACCAGCCCCUACCCCUGUGAUGCUGCCUGCCCGCAGCUGCACGCACGUGAGGAUCUGCCAGGAGUGCCGGAGGAUCCAGAGCCUGAGAUCAGGCAGCAGUAUAGGAUCAACCACAACAAGAAUACCACCUUCAUCAGCACCCCUGCCCAGGCUACCCCCACCCCCACCCCCAUCCUCAUCCAACACAGACAGUGAGGGUGGAGGGGGGCCAAGCCCAAGGCGGCUACACCACAGCUCCCCACCUCAUACAUCCCGACCCAUUCCCCCUCCACAGAACAGCAACACCACAGACCUACUGGGUGACCAGGACUGAGACCAGAAGCAAUGGGCAGGGUGAGAGGGCCGCAAGGAGCCGGUGAUGUGACUGAUGGACAUUUGUGCUGCUGAGAGAAACACUGCUUGUUUCCACAGGUGAAAUUCAUUGGCGAACAAAAGAGGGAGAGAUGGAUGAAAAGAAGUUGAACUCUAUGAGGUCAGCCAAUAGAAAAUGAGACGAGCUUGAGACCUACAGAUACAGAACUGCCUACAAGCACGUUGUGAGAUGGUCGACAGUUAAGCUUCUGUAAUCAACUCUGAAGAACAAAUCGAGUGGAAAUGCACAUGACCUGAUGAUGGUUUCCAUUGUCUCCUUUUUCUCUCCUUACUCGCCUCUCACUUCACCUUUAGAUUUGGGGGCACUGGUUUUCUUCCACAAACACUUCCCUGGAAGCUAACUACCCUGGAAGCUAACCACCCCUCUAUUAAAAUGAAGCCUUGUUUGAGGACAUACUGUAUCCGUAUGUGAUUUAAAACAGCAACUAAAAGACUUCCAGAGAAUUAUUUACUGUUUUUCUUUUGCUGUCUUUCUUGUUUUGUUACCAUUGUUCUAAGUGGGAAUUACAGAGUUAAAUACAGACUAUGUGUAACAAUAUGGUGGAUUAUAACAUACUAAGAAACUUGACUGCGGCUAAUUGUGUUCAAGAGUUUUGUGUCCCUCCCUGAGCCCCAUAGCUGCUUUUUGGAUGGUAUCAGGGAAGGUGGAGGAAACGACUUCAAGGCAACAUAAUGCAAACAGUAGCAGAGGAAACUGUCGGUCUGCCUUUCUUUACACUGUGCGUGUGUGUAUGUAAAAAAUUGUGCUUCCUGUAAGUCCGUUUGUAACUACACAAAGUGAGGAGAACCAUGUAUCCAGCAACAGCACCCUUCUAGAAAUGAUAGAUAAUCAGACAGCCACAAAAAGAGGAGAGAGAGAGCAAGAGGCUUUGAAAUGUGAAAUUAAUGUCCCUCGUUAUCCUGGGUAACGUUUGCCAAGCCUUUACUUCACUUUCACCUCUGUUCACACAGCGUAGAAGAGAUAGAGAGACUGUGCGAGGCAGAGCCAGAGACAGAGGGGCACGAUAGUGAGGAACAGAAAGCGAAGAGACAGAAAGAGGCAGAGAGUGAAAAGGACACUACUGAAUAUGAAUGAGAAAUCCCUAACUGAACCACUUCCAUUAUUAGAUCUGUCCUGAUCUGUUAAUUCUGGGCAUCUUUUAAGGGGCUUGUUAAUGCGCCAGCAGGCUGUAGCUGCAGCUUCCUCCCUUCUUUCUGUUUAACAGACAGACUUGGCCAUUCACAGUAGAGGCUCCUGCCAGAGUGAUAGACUCAACACAGACUUGUCAAUACUGUCUCAAGCUUUUGAUCGCCUAAUUACUCCCCUCGGUGGCUGGGGACUCAUUCAGGAGGGGGUUGAACACAGGGAAACAUGCUGAUAAAUAGAUUUAGAAGGAAUACAUGCUUUUCACUCUGGCUGGGAAAGGAAUCUGGUCUUGUUUAAUUAUAUAGUUAAUGUUACAGCCCUACAGUUGUGUGAAACUCCAACUAAAACAUUUAAACACUACAGUCACUACUAGCCACAGUGCUUAAAGGGAAUACACUGAUGGAUUUGCAUGUUUUAGGUCUUUACUUUCAAAUUGUGUACACUUCAUAUUAUUCAUUAAACAGAUUUCCAAUCUCCCAAGUAGCCACUGCUUUUAAAACAAGUAAGUGUGGUAUAAAUAUUAAGUUGCACAAACUUGCUUUAGAUAGCUGAUCCAUCACAAGGAGCAUUAAAGGAUAAGGCUGGUGACAUUCUAUAUUUUUCUUAUUGUCAACAAAGCCAAUGAAGAGACCAAAACCACCAAUGAAUUGAUCUGACUAAUAAGUAGCCAAAGCCUCAUGUAGCCUAUUCCUCUGUGCCAUGGACCUCCAUUGUAUAAAAACUAUUAAAAACACAUUGAGUCACAUCGUUGCACUGGUUGUAGUAAUGUUUGCUAAAAACUACAGUACCCAGCAGUUUUUGAAAAAACAUUUUUUAAAUGAAAGUAUAUAUUUGUGCCCAUUUUUUAAGAGUUGCGUCUUUAGCGGGACCAAAGGGGCUUGUUGCUGAGUGCCACAAACAGGCUGGGGAUGUCGGAAAGUAUUGAGAGACAGACUAACACAUUGGUUGUUUUGGUCUUUUCAUGGGAUUUGUUGACAAGAAGAAAAAUGUACAAUAUUGCCAGCCUUAUCCUUUAAGUCCACUGUAUUUUAUACACCAUCACCUCCCAUCAUUGCCUCUUUGUGGGCAGAUCAAUGAUAUUAAUCCAAAUUGAAUUAAGCACUUGCUCCCAUUGACGCUGAGGAUCACAAAUAAAACCGAUCAGAUCAGUUUUAGGUUGGUAGUAAAAGAAUGCGCUGCAAUCCACUUAUUUACAUGAAUGCAUGACAGAUAUCAGAUUGGUUACUGCAGCAUGAUUUCCCUUUAGUUUACCCUAAUCAAACGUGCCCAUGAUUACUUUUAUGUGCUGUAGCUGUGUUCUUUGUGGUAUAACACCUCUGUGAAAGGGUCCCCUCAGAAGCAAAUGUUACUGUGUCAGAUAAUUUAAACAGUAUCAUAUUUACUGAUUUUUUGCACAAUAGCCUAUCAGCCCUAGAUUAUAUACUUUUUUGAUAUGACAUCAUUAUCAAGUGCUGUAUUAGCAUUUUCUGCACUGCAGGUCAUUGACUCAUCAGUGUCUCAGAGUUCAUUGAAUCAGUUACCUAAUCAGGUCCCAAAACAUUCACUGUGGAGUGACUCACUGCUUACUGCUGAACUAUGGGGUGGUUUGAUACACACCUUUAGUUAUAGUUAGUAUACUUAGUUAUAAAAAGGAAAUGCUGACAUCCAAGAUUUGAGGGUUAGCUGAUGCUAAUUCUCAUCAUCCUGUUCAGUAUGUUUUGAUUUCCUGACAGCAGAUUUUAUGAAUGUAAUCAUUGCAUUUUACCCCCCCAUUUUCUCUUUUUUUACCUCCGGUUUGGAAUGUCGAUUUCCCCAUUUGUACCACAAUCCAUGUCUUGACACCCAUGAGUCUCCUCCAAUACACAUAAAGUUACCAGCUGGUUUUUUCACCUUUAACUGAGAAGCUUCAUGUUAUCAUCUCAGAUCUCACCUAGUGCAGCAACAAGGACAUGAUCCCUCACUGUCUUCCCACCCAUUCAUAUUCAGCAGUAAAACAAAGUGUGUGAGAUAACCACCAGUUCAGCCCUUUACAAAUCCUCUGAAAAAAAUACUGGCAUUGUUGUCUAGGCAAACAUUUCAUUGCUGUAUAACAUUAUGCAUUUUGCAGUGAAACAGAUUUGUUGACACCGUUGUGUUCCAGAUAAUGAAUGAUAACAUUGUUUGCACACAUUAUGCUGUUUCUCUGAAUGAUUUCUGUCAGCAGAAGCAGGCCUGGAUUUGAUGUGUCCCUUUCUCUCUGUUUACUUCUACCUUUGUGUUCAGAAUGCUGACAAGGCAACAGGAGCCAACCAAACUUUCUACAUGUAGUCACAGUACACACACACACACACACACACACACACAUAUACUCACAAAUAGAGACAUACUAAACCCACUGGCAGUUUUUUUGUUUUUGUUUUUUUUAUUUUCAAAUUUGUCUUCAGAGUAUCUUUUCCAUGUCUUCUUUGGUUUGUUCUGUGUACAAAACCACAAAACUUGAUAUUUGAUAGCACCACAUAGCCAAUAAGUGGCUAUCAACAGCUUUAAACCAUCAGCUGAAAGCAUUUAUGACUUGCAAAGCAUUAUUGUAGAGAGACAAGGGGAGGGUACAAACCCUAAAAAGCCAAAAUAUUGCUAGUAUGAAUAUCGAAGGGAAGGGAGGGUCACAAAACAGAAAACAAAAUCAGAUGGGGUGUCUAAACGCUCACCCCACAAAACAAACCUUUUUUGUUUACUUUUAUGUUCUUUUCUUUGGUAUUUUUUCAUAUUUCUAUACUAGUGCUAAAUGGAUUAUUAAAACUGAUGAUGAAUAUUAUGAUUAAAUUGUUGUUAUUAUUCCCAUUGAAGAGCAAGAGGUUCUAUAGUGUGAUUGUGGGUGAAGGGUGUGUGAUGGGAGGUGUUGGGGUGAAGGUGUAAUGAUGUUCUUCAGAAAGAUCGCCCUGUUGUUCAGACCUAUAGGCACACAAACUUCUUUUGGAAUAAAAAUAUUCAAACAGUC